AUGCCUUUGAAAGUCAUAAUUGUCGGUGCGGGCCUAGGUGGUUUGGGGGCAGCUAUUGCGUUUACCAGAGCGGGACAUGAUGUUGAGGUAUGGUUUGAAAACAUAUCGAAGAUGCGUAUGCAAGCAAUCUACUCACAGUAUCUGCCUCAGGUCUAUGAGAAAUCUGCAUUUCACAACGAAGUUGGAGCUGCAAUACACCUGGCCCCCAAUGCCACUCGAGUCCUGGAACCGUGGGGCUUCAAUCUAGAGGCCAUGAAGCCUUCUCCGUGCGACCAUCUGAGUGUGUGGGACCACAAAGGAAAUUUCAUCGCGACGCCUGCGCUGACCAGAAAGAUCACCGAUCAGCUACAGAAAAAGUUGAAUAUCGAGGAUCCGUGGUUGCUAGUCCAUCGUGUGGACUUGCACAACGCAUUGAGGAAAAAAGCAGAAGACGGAUUUGCCGGAAAGAAGCCGAAGAUGUAUCUUUCUUGUGCUGUGGACUCCGUGGAUCCCUUGACUGGCAAGGUUAUACUGGAAGAUGGGCGUGAAUUGCAAGCAGAUCUCAUCAUAGGUGCAGAUGGUUUGCACUCACGAACGGUGAACAGUGUCAUUGGCGAGACUCAGAAGAAGAGAAGCACCGGACAGAACUGUUUUCGCUUCCUUGUGCCCACCGACAAGUUACGAGCCAACCCAGUGACCAGGAACCUGAUUGACCAGAUAGGCCUUCGGUCUCUCAAUGCUUUCUGUGCCCAAGAUCGACGGCUGAUACUUUAUCCAUGCCGUACGGGAACACUUAUGAAUGCUGUCAUGGUUUACCCCGACAACAUGGACGGCCAGGUUGUCGAGUCAUCCUGGCAAAACGCGGGGAGUCAUGACGAUAUGAUGGCUGAGGUUGAGAGUUUCAGUCCCGAACUGCGCGAGCUGUGCAGCAUGGCUGAAGACGUCAAACAGUGGAGCCUGGCUUCCCGGGACCCAAGCCCUAUAUUCUACAAAGAACGACUUGCUCUUAUUGGUGACGCGGCGCAUCCAACCCUUCCCCUCUUGACCACCUCGCUCACAGCAAUUUCAGAUCAAGGUCAGGGUGGCGCACAAGCAUUGGAGGACGCGGCAACUCUUGGUACGCUGUUCCCAGCGGAUACCAGUACCGAACAGAUUGGCGAAAGACUGAAGACGUACAACUCUAUUCGUUACGAGCAGGCUGUGACGAUCCUCUUCAUGUCUAGAGUGGGUGAUGAGCAUCGAGAGGCUGUGAUGAAAGACUUGAAGCAAUUCAUUCCGGACGCCAGAAUGCCUGAUAACAUGUGGUUGUAUGCGUGGGAUUCCUUUCCGGUGCAAUUGGCCCAAAAUGCCCUUAAGAUAUAG